AUGGCUAGUACCAGUAGGGAGUAUGUUGUUGAGGAUAAGGAAGCAAAGCGCCCGGCUUAUUAUGUUGAAGUGACUGAUAAGCAAAUAUCUGAUUUUGAAAUAUGGAACUCACUCUGUGCUAAUGAAGGAUAUGAGGUGGUGAUUUAUAUUUGUGAGCAAUAUCUCAAUUCAGGUCAGAUACCUGUAAUAUCCAGUGAGAUUAUAUCUGUUCUAUUUACGCUAGCAAGUGUUGACGAGGACGUUAAUAGACCGUUGCUACGGAAAGCAGACCCGCUUGAUCAUGGCCGAGAAUCCUUACCUGCACGUAGUUUGCGAUUAUUGGAUACGCUCAUCUCUCAUUUAGUAUCAUUCGAUCACGAGAAAUUUGAUCUUUACAAUUUGGAACUACUAAGGUGUCAGUUUUUUUAUUUCAUCGAUGGUUUGAUUCCGAAUAAGGGCAGGUCGUGGAUCUGUAGUCCACCAGAGUAUAACAAAUCGAAUAAAAUAAUAUGGCCUUUUACGGAUAGUGCGUUUAUGUCUCAGUCAAACGUUCCCCUAUAUGCAUCAUACAUCAAUCUUAUUGACGACAACAGAGUCGUUUUCAAAAGUAUGAUGAUUAACCGUUUGCUAUCGCAAAAUGGUUCAUUCUGGAACACUCUCAGCUGGACUCUUUCAUGUUUCUCUACUGAGGAAAACUUCGUUAUACGUAGCUUCAAUGAGAGGUGGCUAAGCAUUUUCGAUCUUCUAUUCGACGUAUAUUCACUACGACAAGAUUACUACAUGCGAUAUGAAUCUUCGAACCUUCGAACAUCUCCUCUAUUUAAAGUUUUCUGGGCAGUGGAUCAUAAAUAUAUUAGUAAAGGUCUUCUUGAGUAUUUGUUUGUCGGAUGUAAUGAAAAGGAAAGUCUUUACCCGAUUCCUCCUCCCCCUAAUGAAGCUGUCUCGGGUGUUGAACACGUCAACCACUUCACAUACAAUAGAAGUUUCAAACUUUCCAUGUCAAUGAAACUAAGAAAAAAAAUAAUAGGACUCUUUCUAGAUCUGUUUCCCACCCUCAAAAAUGAUAUUAAUGUCGAUUUACCAAGAAAAGAGGAUAUUCUUGAUACGUUGGCUGAUACAAUGUAUAACGAUCUAAAAAUCGAACCAUUCAAACACUUCAUGUUAUCAUGCUAUAGCAAUAGGAAAGAUAAUGAUGAUGAUAGGAUGUUUUUGCCACAACUUGUGGAGAGAAUCAUUAAUAAGGCAUUCAUCAAUGUCAACCGUCAAAAACAAUUUGCUAUAGUUGAUAAUCUUCAUGACAUAGCAAAAAUUACAUCAGAACUUGUCCAAUUACUCAAAGCUACUAAUAAAUAUGCAGCCUUCAAUCGAUCUCGAUCUAUGAAAAGGCGCGAGAAAAUUGACUUCUGCAUAAUUACAGUUGCCAAACUUAUGACAACGACUCAUUCUAUUAAAAAGUUCCAAGAUUACUCGUCUUUUCUUUCUACAAUAAAGACAUUUGCACAUUCUUCAGCUGGUUUGAACGAUUUGGAAUUGUUCUUUUAUUUUAAAUAG